AUGGCGAUUCAACUUAAAUAUAUCCUUGCAGUUGCAAGCGUUUUCUCCGGGGCGUUUGCCGACAAAUACUCCAGGACAAAGCCCGAUCGAGGCGCGCUAGUGGUCGAUGCAACUGGCGCUACCAUCGGCAGCUACCCCAACAUCAGUGUCGCCGUGGAUGCUCUGCACAACUUAACUGAUGCGCAAAAGAUCUUCAUCCUACCCGGCGUCUACAACGAACAAGUCUACGUCCCUCCUCAUGUCGGACCUAUUACCAUCCAAGGCUACACCAAGAACGCACGUGGCUACAAGGACAAUGAAGUCACUCUUACAAACAACUUCUCUCGGCAGAUGCCCGAGAUUCUCAACAACGACGGAACAGCUACUCUUCGCUUGAACUCACCAAACGUCCGGCUCUACAACUUGAACAUCGCCAACACGGCUGGCCAAUUCCGUCAGAACGGACAAGCGCUUGCAAUCAGCGCACAGAAGACAAAUCAAGGGUUCUACGGCUGCCAGUUCACCGGCUACCAGGAUACCAUUCUCGCCAACAACGGUCGUCAAAUCUACGCCAAAUCCUUCGUCAACGGAGCCGUCGACUUCAUCUUCGGUCAGCGAGCUAUUGCCUGGUUCGACAAGAUCGACAUCCAGGCCAUCGGCCCCGGCUACAUCACCGCCAACGGCCGCGACGCAGAGAACAACACUAGCAUCUACGUCUUCAACGAGGUCAACGUGUCCGGCACCAACGGCACCAACACGACUGUGCUGGGCCGCCCGUGGAGACCGUACUCCAGGGUCAUCUUCCAGAACAGCUACCUCAGCGACGUUGUGAAGCCUGAGGGGUGGUCUCGAUGGGAUAACACGCAGAGCACUGAUAAUGUGGUUUACCAGGAGUACAAGAACUACGGACCUGGUGCUAAUAUUGAGGCGAGAGCGAACUUUUCGUCGCAGGCUGUUGCGCCGAUCAAGGCUUCGGAUCUGUUUGGCAGGGGCUUUGAGAAGGAGAACUGGGUUGAUGCGGACUAUUUGUAG